UUAAAGAUAAUUUUGACCAGACUGUUUAUCAGAAAUUAAUAGCUAUUGCCAUGUUUAUAGACAGGUCGCCACGGGCAUCGCUGAACCCUCUCCGGUGCAACCGAUCCAACGGCAGGAAACAAAUAAUCCGUUGAUCCCACGAAUUCUGGUCGUUACUGGUAAAAAGUUGACGUGAUUUACCAAUUUGAUUUAUCAUGUAAGGAAUCGGCAGUUCGCCACUACUGUAUAAUACUAUAAUGGAUCCAACUUUCGGAGCCAUUAAGAAACAUGAAGAACCUAAAAUGUUGACCAUCAAAAUGCACGUGCGUGCCCCUUCCCGAGAAACCCUGCCAGUGUUUUAUGGUAAAAUGAAGGUUCGGAUAACCAUCAUCUUCGUGCCAAGCUUCAACAAGAAUGAAUCAUCUCAGCCUUUCCAUACUGCUUCUGCUACUAUCCAUAUUUUGCAUUUCAGGCACAGUGGAACCAGCAAGGUUUGCCAGACAUUCCCGGCCUCGGGCCUAUAUCGAGACUGCGUGCACGAAGACCCUUUAUCCAUCCCUAUGCACCCAAUACCUAUCAGUCUUUGCAAACUCAACAAUACAAACCCCUCAACAACUAGCCCAAGCUGCCUUAUCCGUGAGCCUAUACAAGGCCCUCCAAACAAGAAAAUUCAUGUUGAAAGUGGUCAAGGAGCUCAAGGCAAUGAAAUCUAAGGAUUACCAGGCUGUGAAGGACUGCUUGGAUCAAAUUGGUGACAGCGUGGAUCAACUUAGCCAAUCAGUUAGAGAGCUCCAUCGCCUGGAACAUCCAGGUGCUGCGGGUGGUGGUGACGUCUUUUGGCACGUGAGUAAUUUCGAGACUUGGGUAAGCUCUGCCAUGACUGAUGCCAGUACUUGUGUGGAUGAGUUACCGGGGAAGGAUAUGACCAAGUUAAAGGCUGUAAUCAAGGCCAAGGUUUUGAAUGUGGCACAGACUGCGAGCAAUGCAUUAGCCUUGUUUCAGCAGUACGCUGCAAGGCACAAGCCAUAAGGCUACAUGUAAACCUUGCUUGUGUUUCUGAAUCAAACUUUGCUGUUCAAGAUUUCUUACUGUGUACUGGUUUUGAGGUUCUGUCAAUUUCCUGUACAAUUAUAUACAAAGUGAACAAGGCACCUUUAAGAAUCAGUAAUAACUAAAUAGUAAUCUCAUCGUUUUGCGUAAGAUGCUGACAUUAUCAUUUGUUUUUCCGUUCCGUGUAAGAAAGUUUUUGCCUGCAUCCUACACGGUUUCAAAUAGCAAGUCUUGCUUAAAUCUACUUUCCUUCUUUAAAGACAUUAUAGUUGAGAGAGCGGGCUGUUUAAGCCUUAAACCUCACUAGUCCUCCAUUGUGAGCCCACUGAUCCCUCCAAAAGAUG